AUGCAACCGCCACAUCUAAUUAUAAGGGACGAGGCGACAAAAUCGGCUGCAAGACUGCGGCUACAGGGAAGUGGAAGGGAGCCAAGAAUGGGCAUGUUAGUGUCCUCCGCGCAGACAGAGAGCUGGAAGGGCUACUGUCGCGCGGUGCUGACGCCUGCAGACCCAGAUGGAGCGAGGGUCUGGUCUGGGGCGCCCGCAAUAGCGAAAGCCAUCGGGCUGAACUCGCACGCAACCGUGCUCCAGACAGAGCUGGCUGCCCUGAGGACCUGCGCCAGGGUGAUCCUGGAGACAGGGGACAAGGGCAAAAAGAUCUUCAUCUACUCAGACAGCAGACGCACGCUGAGGGCAAUGCUCAAAUACGAGUGUUGCUCAAAACUAGUGAGUGAAUGCGUAGAGCUGAUGGAGCAAAUCGCCGUACACAAUCGGCUAGAGGUGGCUUACAUUCCGGGCCACGCUGGCAUCAGAGGCAAUGAGAAAGCCGAUGAGCUAGCUAAGAACGGAUACAGAAGGGCCGCUCAGAGAAAAGUGGAGCGCGUAGGCGUGCAUACCGACUUUGUGAAGGACCUGGUGAAGGAACGUGGGGACAGGAGGAUUGUGGUUAGGUGGGACAUGGAAACGGGCGCCAGACACACGAAAUCCGUCUUGGAAAGACCCACUAGGAAGAUUGCAGAAGCUCUGUUGGGCCUAAACAGGGCUAAGCUCCGAGCUAUAGUGGGGCUUAUCACUGGACACUGGCCCCUGGAUCUGUACCUAUCGAAGAUAGGCAAAGGGACUGACCCCCUAUGCAAAAGAUGCGGGUUGACGUACGAGGAUCCCCUGCACCUAUGCACGAGAUGCAGCGGGCUCGAUGAAGUCAGAUGGGACGUUUUUGGGUCUGCAUGCAUAGAUAUACAGAUAUACAUGUCGACAGGGACGGUAUCAAAGGGCUCUAUGAGUUACCGCGUAGGGCGCCGAUACUCGAGAUCAGUGACCAGACGGCUGCCUAAAGGCAGGGUGUAA